AUGAAGCCGUCGCUGCGGAGCCGGCAGGAGCCGCGGCGGGUCAGCAACGGCGUCAUCAUCGGCGCCAUGCUGCUCUCGCUCUGCGUCCUCAGCAUCGUCAAGGCCAGAUACUGCGCCACCCCCUUCGGCAAGGCGGAGGACCAGCUCCAGGAGCAGAUGAACUCCAGCAUCCGGAUGGAGACGGAGGAAUCGCCGGCCAGGACGCCCGGAGAGGAGGAGGAAGAGGAGAAAGAGGAGGUGCCCACCACGGCGUCCGCGGUGACCACGCCGGCCGUCGUGGCCACCUCCGGCGGCGGCAAAGGCAAAGGCAAGAAGGGCAAGGCGAAGCCGACGUGCUACAUGACGAGCAAGCGCUCGGAGCGGUGCGACGCGUCGGGCGACAUCCGGGUGGACGGGAACCGCUCCACCAUCUACGUCAGCGGGAUAGACCGGGAGUGGCGCACCAAGCCGUACGCGCGCUACCACGACCCCGUCGCCAUGGCCACCGUCCGCGAGUACACCCUCAAGCCGCUCCCCGCCGGCGGCGCCGCGCCGGCGUGCACCAAGAACCACUCGGUCCCGGGGUUCAUGUUCUCCAACCGCGGCUUUUCCGGCAACCUGUACCACGACUACACCGACGUGCUGGUGCCGCUCUUCAUCAGCACCCACCAGUUCAAGGGACGGGUGCAGUUCCUGCUCACCGGGAUGAAGCCGUGGUGGGUGGCCAAGUUCACCCCCUUCUUCCGGCAGCUCACCCGGUACGACGUUAUCGACGUCGACAACGACCAGGAGGUCCACUGCUUCCCCCGGAUCGUGAUCGGCGCCACCUUUCAUAAGGACAUGGGCGUGGACCCGCGCCGGUCGCCGGGCCACGUCUCGGUGGUGGACUUCAAGCGCGCGCUCCGCCGCGCCUUCGGGCUGGAGCGCGAGGCGGCGUCCCGCGGCGGCGCGACGGGCGCCGGCAAGCCGCGCCUCCUCAUCAUCUCCCGCCGCGGCUCGCGGCGGUUCCUGAACGAGCGCGAGAUGGCGCGCGCGGCGGCGGAGGCCGGGUUCGAGGUCCGCGUGGCGGAGCCCGACCAGCACACGGACAUGGCGACGUUCGCGCGGCUGGUGAACUCGGCGGACGUGAUGGUCGGCGUGCACGGCGCCGGGCUGACCAACAUGGUGUUCCUGCCCCGCGGCGCCGUGCUGAUCCAGGUGGUGCCCUUCGGCGGGCUGGAGUGGCUGACCAGCGUGACGUUCAAGGACCCGGCGGCGGACAUGGAGGUGAGCUACAUGGACUACAACGUGAAGCUGGAGGAGAGCUCGCUGAUCGACCAGUACCCGAGGAACCACCAGGUGCUCACCGACCCCUACGCCGUGCACAAGCAGGGCUGGGACGCGCUCAAGACGGCGUACCUGGACAAGCAGAACAUCCGGAUGGACCUGGACAGGUUCAGGGCCACGCUGCGGGAGGCCAUGAGCCGGCUGCCAUGACCGGGUCCAGAGGUGGGAGGAGGUAGAUAGGUUGGUGUAUCUAUCAGACACAUCUGUGCCUUGUGGUCGCUCGCUGAGCUUACAUCUUCUUCGAGUUCUUUUUUUCUUUUUUUGCUCUUUUUUUUUUCGAGCUUCGAUCGAUCCUUUUAGCAAGAUUCAUUGGAUCCAUUGUUUUGUUACAUAAAGGAGGAUGGGGAAAUGAUGGACAGGCAAAAGCAAGAACAUGUUGUUUAUAUUCUACAGUACUACUGGAGAGAGGCCAGCUCAAUCCAGCCCAGACGAUGAUUUGUUAAUUGCUUAAUUUAUAGAAACAACCCUUUUGUGAUUA